AUGACUGAACAAUCCAAGCUUUCAGAUGUUAAAUCAAGGCAUUUUCUAGGUGCAGAUAACGAAGAUGAAAUAGAAGCCAUACUCUCAAAACGUGAAGGCCAUUCUUUACACAAAAUUAUUGAUGGAAAUGAGCCACUCCGUCCUGUUAUAGACUUUGAUUUGCCAUAA